AUGUUCCCAACCAGCGGGAAGGAUAUCGCGUGCGUUGCAUGCCAGUCAAUGCUGUGCAUCGUAUGCAAGGCCGAGGCGCACGACGCUUCUGUGCCGUGCCAGCCUGCAGCUGAGGAUCCUGCGUUGGUCGCCCUGGCCUAUGACCAGGGUUGGCGACGGUGCGAGAACUGCUUGACCUACGUCGCCCUCAAGCAUGGCUGCAACCACAUCACCUGCAUAUGCGGCCACGAGUUUUGCUACGCGUGUGGAGUCGCAUGGCAGGACCCCAAGGCAUGCGCGUGCGACUUGUGGAGCGAGCGCAUGCUACUCCGCGAGGAGGAGCGUCGCCUCGAAGUGGCAGAGGAGCAGCUUGGACGACCUCUUCAGCAGGCGGAACGGGCCGCACUCAGGCAGCAGCUCAAUGUCGCCAAUCACCAGGGCCAAGAGUGUUCGCAUCGGUCGAAGGAGACGCUGCAAUAUCGCGAAUUCGCGGGGAACCGGCGCCGUACGUGCAACAACUGUGACCAGAGCAUCAGACACUAUUGCUACGAGUGCACAGAGUGCGGGUUUCGAGUCUGCCAGGUGUGCCGGUACAACCGGCGCCUGCCUUGA